ACUUUCGAUUUAUUUUCCAUCGAAGGCAGUGAGACGAUGAAUGGAUGUAACAACAUUUAGUGUCAAGAAAACAUGCUUGCGUAAUUUUUGCAAUUAGCAAUGGCGGGGCAGGUUUCUAGCCUAAGUCCACCCCAAUCCCUGGGCUGGCACUCUCUGUGUAUGCCGAUCCCACUAGACUUUGAACUCAACAACUUCCUGCAGAGACUAGCUGAUGAUGUCACAGACGAGGAUCUUCACAAGUUAAAGGCUCUGCUACACGGUGAUGGGGGACUACAGAAGAGGACUCUGGCCAGCAUUGAGUCAGCCAUUGAUUUCUUCACAGUCUUAAAAGAAAAGCUGUACCUGAACAGGGAGAAUCUCAUCUUCUUACAGGCCUGUCUGUGGAAUGUAGGUCGUCGUGACCUACAUAGGAAAUGUGUGGAAUUUGCCAAGUCUUCCGAAAAAAUUCUCCAUUUCUACUGUCCAAAGGAAACGCCAGAAAAUGGGUACCAGUUUAUCAGGUUCCACGUCGCCGGGGGACUGGACACAUUCCAGAGACCACAUUUGGAACAUGUUCGCCGGACGGUGGCACAGCUGAUGGGAUGUCUGGCUGAGCAUGUGUUUGUGGCAGGAAUUGAGCCAUCCAACAGUCUGGUGGUGACGCUAAUGGUGCUAGCUUCGUAUGUUGAUCUACUGCCCUGUGCUGAUAAACAUGAGCUGGUUUUGCUGAGAGCUAUAGAUGUUGACAAAAUCAUCCUCAAAGAGGGCGUAGAAAUCGAGAUUCCCUGCUUUGGUUGCUACCAUGCCAAUGAAAUCCGCAACAUUUUAAAGAGACAGAGAGCCCUGGAGAGACAGUUGGAUUUAGCACAGCAAGCUUUGUUGGAAGCAGAAAAGGAGAAAAGAAAGGCGUAUCAGGAUUCCUUGACUAAAACAAGUGCAAUGUUUUCACGAUCACUGAAUUUCUCUUCACUCUCUUCAACCCCAGUAAAGAUUCCCGGGAAUCACACAGCACAGGUAGCAUUUGUGUUGGGGACAGAAACAGAGGAGCAGAUCUUAGGGGAGACAACUCAGUCCUACAUGUCUCAAAUCAGUAUGGAGAAAGGAAGCGAUAUGGAUCACGGUUACACCCAUUCUAUAAAGGUCAGUAAUCUGCCCCCUGAUGCCCUUGAGGAGGAACUGAAGGAGUAUUUUGAGAGAAAGCAAGAACAUGGAGGGGGACCAGUCAAAGAUGUGACCUUGACCAGCCAGACAGGGGAGGCAAUUAUCAAUUUCCAGGACCACAGAAGCGUGGAGCGAUUACUGGAGAACAAGCCCUUGUUAUUUAAAACGCACUACAUUAAAGUGGAGCCGUAUUCCUCAAUGGAUGACAGUAAACUCAGUCUCAGUGGACUUGCUGAACCGGAACUGAUGGUGACCCUAGAGGUCAGUGGGUUCAAACCGGAGACAAGGGGGGAAACUCUGGAGGACUACUUUGAGAAUGAUAAGAGUGGAGGGAAGGCUGAGAGUGUCUGUCUGCCGAUUAUAGUGGAGAGUGACAGAAGCGUGGCUUAUGUGAAGUUCAAGGACAGAGAAGUGGCAGAUAGAGUUUUGGGAAAGGAAGAUCACAUGUUGGAAGGGGUCAAAUUAGAGGUCAAGGAGUGCGUUCGGAGACGACACCCCACACAACCUACGUUUUAUAGAAAUAAAGCGUUCGUUUCUGGAAUUGAUCCCAAGACAACACAAGAUGGUUUGGAGAACUAUUUGUCCAACCGUGCUAAUGUCCGGGUCAUCGACACCGUACGGGGCGAGGACAACUCCAGAGCCGUCGCUACUUUUGCAUCAGACAUAGAUAUACAGAAACUUCAAGAUAUGUGUAGAGCAAAAACGCUUGAUGGGAAACAUCUGACUGUGGAAAAUGUCAAGGUCACCAGGAGCAUCCUGGUUAGAAACAUCCUCGACACAACAACUGAGGAUUGCUUAAGCAUGCAUUUCCAGUACCGUGUGAAUGGCGGGAAAAUUAACAGAAUUAUGAAGCAGGGGGAAGACUCUUUCCUCAUUUGGUUUUCUGAUUCCGAAGCUGCUGGAGAUGUAUGUAGCCGAUACCAUUGUGUCGAUGGACAGGAACUAGAGGUCCUUCUAUACUAUGAAUGUCUAGGGGCCUCUCGAAACUCCCGACUCCAAAUGACCUUCACCCCUCCUCAAAGCUUCAUCUUUGACCCAAAGGACGUGGAAAAGUUCAUCUUCCUUGAAAAGUCUUCUAAGGCACUGGAUAAAUUAAGAUCAGAGUUAGAGCCACUUCAUGCAAGUGCAGAGAUCCAGACAGGGGGCGGUCUUUUGUUGUCCUCAAGUCUGGCGUUUGAUGUUCCAGAUUGUAGGCAAAAAUCAAAGAAAUGGAAGAAAAAGGUCACCAAGGAGGCGGAAUCAUUUUUUAGCAGCAUAGUGGUGGAAACUUUAAAUCCUCUAAAGGAGGUGUGGACAGAGGUCGACGGAAUGAAGGAGAAAUUUGAAAAUGAGGCUGAGGGGUCAAUUGUCAUUCUGUCACAGGCUGAUUCUUUGGAAGUCAAGGUUAUAGGGUGGAAAGACAGUGUUACUGUGGUAGUGGAUAAACUCCGAAAUUUUAUCAAACGAGCCAAUGAAAAUUUAGAAAAAAUCAAAAAUGAAAUUACAGAGGUGUUCCAAAUAUCAAAACCAUUGAACAUCAAGAUUUUAGAGGAAGUAGAAUUCUGUGACAAAAGCCAAAAGGAAUAUCCACGCUGCCAAAUUGGUAUCGAUGAGCAGAGCCUGAGAGUAAAUUUUACUGGGUUUCCUACCGAUGUUUACAGGGCUAAAUGUGCGAUGUUGGAACUUUUGCACAGAAGAAGUAGGGUCCCUGUAGGGCCAUUCUCCAGGUACAGGCUGGAAUUCUUAGAGUCUCCCAAAAUUCGUGGCUACUUAGCUGAAAAAAUGAAAGAGAAGUGUCUCAAGGGACUGUAUGAGAUCAGAAAAGAUUGGUACAUCGAGGUCAAUGCAGAGUCUGAUGAACAGGCAGUGAAGACGGCACAAUUUAUUAAGGGCUUCGUAGUCGAGACUCCAAGAAAAGUGACAAAGGUUGACAAACCACUUCUUAUGUCAGACAAGUUCAGAUCUGAGAUGAAAAAGAUUCAAGGUGAAUAUAAUGAUUUGGUCAAGGUCAUUCCUGAUGCAGAAAACUUGAUUAUCACAACGUUAAUGGUGACAGAGGUAGAGAGAAACGUGCUGGAGUUGAUUGAUAACUUCCUUGCUAAAAACAUCAUGGUUGGAGAAUCACUCUGCAUUCCGGCGGCCAUGAUACGGUACAUAAAGCUGUUCUGCAUGGAUGACUUGAAAUAUAUCGAGUCCCGUCUCGGCGAUCAGUUCCACGCGCAGAUAGUGUGCACGCCGUCUGCUGUAUGUGUGACUGCCGUGGAGACCGGGCUACUAGAGGUGGAGGAACAGGUGAUGUCGGUGAUCCAGGGAAUCGUGAGGGUGAGCCAACAGAUGGAACGGCCCAGUGUGGUGAAAUAUUUAGCGGGAGAAAAUGCCAAGAUAAAAUUAGACUACGUGGAACAGGAAUUUCAGUGUGUUAUCACAGCGGACACGGAGAAUUUCAAUAUGCCAGUCCAGAAACAGAAAUCCCUUGAAAAUGACAUGUAUCAGAUGGCGUCUUGUGAUUUGAAUUUGAGGAGAAGAAUUAUGGUUGUUAAACAUGAUUUAACGAACAUGGAUGUUGAUGUUAUCGUGAACGCUGCAGACAAAGGGUUGAAGUUAGAAGGUGGAUUGGCUCUGGUGAUCGGACAAAAAGGUGGGGAGCAGAUGUACGAAGCAUGUCAGACCUUCAUCCGCAAAUCUGGUCAUUUGAGCCAUGGGGAGGUUUUCCUAUGUCCAAGCUCUGGUCAGUUGAAGUGUCGUGCCGUAAUCCACGCAGUCGGUCCAGUGUGGCAGGAUGGAACACACCAGGAGGCCGAGCUUCUACAGGAAGUCAUACUCAGCUGUUUGGAGGAGUGUGACCAAUCAGAAAACAGGUUCCAAUCAAUAGCCAUUCCUGCCAUUAGUACUGGGGUCUUUAACUAUCCACGAGAGAAGGCCACACAAGUCAUUGUGGAGACAAUCCGGAGCUACUUUUUGGAGCACCAGGAUUCUGCCCUUCAAGAGAUUUAUCUCUGUGACAUAAAGACCCUGGUGGUGGAGGCAUUUACAGCAGCUUUAAAAAAGACCUUUCAAAAUGCCGUCGAUGGAGAGUGUCAGGGCCGGGCUUGGAAGAGGCUGAAAUCUCCAGCAGUUUUAGAACAAUCAUCAGCUGAGAUGAGAGACUCGAUGGGUGAUACCCUGAAGAAGCGACAACCUACGGAAUCUUCGGUGGAACUGACGUUAUACGGACAAAACCAGGAUAAACUCAACGCAGCCUUCCAGAAAUUUUUGGACAUGGCUGAUGAAGAUUACACAAGGAAGGAUAGCAACGACCCCCUGCUUAAAAACCUAGCUGACAAACAGAAAACCAAACUACAGAAUAAAGCAAGAGAACUUGGGGUGCAACUGGACUUUGGAAAGCUGCGUGUAGGACGCAUCAAGCUGUACGGACUUACUAAGGAUGUUUUUGACAUGGAUGGAGUAAUUCAGAAGUUGCUACGGAAACAAAGUUCACAACAGCAGCAGGAGCGGGAGCAGAAGUACUUCCAGGCUAUGGUGGAGUGGAAGAGAGUGUUCGAUGACGGACAGGAAGACGAAUGUCCACCGCGACUUAACAUGAUGCUGGAGAUUUACUUUCGUAAGUCGGAGAGCAGAAUACAUUUUCAGAUUGAGGACGACGAAUUCACUGCUGAUUUCUCCAAAAUGACGCUGUAUGAUCCUAGAGUGCCAAAAAUUGUCUGGAGACUUGUUCGUCAUCCCAAGACCGAAGGUCAGAUCAAACCAACAACACCUAACCAUUGGUCUCCAAUGAGUGAUGAUGACAAUCUGAUCACGAUCCCUCUAAACCAUACGAAACAGGAGUACACAGACAUCAUGCGUAGGCUGAAGGACGAGUUUCGCGACCCACCCAUCAUAAAUUGGUCCAGUGUCGUGGUGGAGAGGGUACAGAAUCGAGCUCUGUUUGAGCAAUAUUCAGCAAGGAAAGAGUUCAUGGAGAAUCAGUCCCAGAGCAGUUCGGCCCCAGUGGAAAGGGAAUUGUGGCACACAGCCAACACGGAGUCCACCUCUGUUAUUAACUCAGACGGCUUCAACAGGAACUUCAGCAAUCGAAAAUCUAAAACCCUCGGCCAGGGGGUGUAUUUUGAUGUGACCUUGACCCAUAGCCUUGAGGAUACGGCCAUGAAUAUGGAGGGGAGACAGAGAGUGGUGUAUCUCUGCCGAGUCUUGACAGGCUGUUUCACGGAAGGCUCCCCCAAUCUCAUCGUUCCUCCCGAGAACAAGAGUGGUGGAUCCACCCUGCAGUGUUACGAUUCCGUGGUGGAUGAUAUUGCUGUUCCACAGACUUUUGUGAUUUUUCGGGAUUCACAAGCUUAUCCUGAAUACAUGAUUAAAUUUUCUAUGUUAUAAUACAGACUAUGGUAUGUAGAUUUUGUACGUGUAAAUGGAGUGUUGACAUAUUGUGAUUACAAAGCUUGCACGUAUAUUAAAUUAAGUAACAUCAUGAGUAUACCUUCAAAACUGGCAUCAAUUUUUGCUGGUUUUCAACAUACUUUUGAAUUUUCUAUUUUAUAGGUUGUACAUGUUCGAUACCAUAAUACAAUAUAAUGUUUUAAGACCUGGAUUUAAUUAAAUGAAAAUUUAAAAUGAAUUUCAACUGCAGUAUGUGGUUGUCUGAAUUCUUAUUUAACAUGAUGAUGCACUGCAACACUGUUAUCUGAAUUCUUAUUUACCAUGAUGCACUGCAACACUCAGAGCACGGAAGAUGCAUAGACUUUUUAUAGUGACACAACAAGGUUUUAGGACUCGGCACACUGAAAACUUUCCAUUGAUUGUCAGAAUAUUAAAAAUCAGCAAGAGGUACAAUAUUUGCAGAUAAUAUUGUUUUAUGAUAUAUGUGGUAUUUUGUUUUAGAAGAGGUUUUGUUAUAUGCUCAUUAUGAAAUUACCAUUUGUACUAAAAUUGGCAGCAAAUUUAUAAAUUCAGAGAAAAGGUGCAGCUCAAUUUACCUUGACCAAGUCAGAUUGUUGGUAAAGGUAAAUGUGAUGUAUUUUUGUUCACGAGCUACAUUUAAAGGGCAAUAAGGUGGAAGAAAAUGGUCACUCACGUGACCUAUUGCUAUUGGUCUGCUUUCCAUCAUGGUCUGUUUAUUAACAAUUGAAUAUCUUUAACUUCUUGAUAGCUACCCUUUCAAUUCUUUUCAAAUUUGGUAUGAGGCAUCUUUGGGACAAGGGUAACAUAAAUUGUAAAUUUCAGGACUUCUGCACCCCUGGGGCCUCAAGGCCGGUGCAAAAACUGCCAAAAUUGACCAAUUUUCAAACUUCUCUAUAGUGCACAUCUGUAAGAAAAACUAAAUUCAUAGUCAUGUAAAGUACCAAAAAUUGUAAAUUUCCUGAUCCCUGUUGUAGAGGUUCCGACUCCAGUGUGGGGCCAAACUUGACAUCUUUAUAGUGUUUGUGUAAAACAUUUAUCGUGCUAUUGAAACUAAAUUGAAUCUAUAUGAAUAUUUAAUUAGAAGAAGCAGGUAGCCUUUUACCAAAAUUGUAAAUUUCAUGAUCCCAGGGGUGGGCAGUUUGGCACAAGGUUGAGGUCAAAAUGGUCCUUAAGAGUCAUUAGAUGUGCAAUGCAAAAUCCCUUGUGAUAUUUUAAAAAUAAUUUGUUUUUAGAGUUGCUGUAUUUAUGUGAGCAAUUUAAUUUAUUUAUUGUACACAAAAAUUCUUAAUAUGAAAUGUAUAUAUGUGUUAGAAGCUUUAUUAAUAAUGUUGUGGUGCUUGAAAGUUCGUUAUAGAAUAAAGUACACUGCCUCGGCACAUGGUACACCCAUCAAAUAUUCAUUGAGUGUGUGUGGAACAAAUUAAAUCAUGUCAACCUUUGUGCAACAAUUGACGUGUCAAUUUAUCUCUUAAAUUGUUCAAAUAACGAUUUUUCCAAACAUUAUUUCAUUUUCUUACAUUUGUUUGGAUUUCUUUCACAUGGUAUAAACUACUUAACACAUGCUGCACUAAGAAACGCCCCAUAACUAAUGGAGUGAUAAAUCAUCUGCAGUCUUCUUACAUUAUACUCAUUAAUUCAUCUUUAAUUAUAUGCAAUUUGGCUCUUAUUAUUUCAUGUUCAAAUGAUCUCCUUGAAACACCAUGGCUUAGAUCAUUAACACCAUUGCUUAGAUCAUUAACACCAUUGUGUAGAUCAUGGGACAAAUUAAUUUCUUCAAUCUGUUUGAUGUGCUUAUAAAGCCUUUGUAUUUUUGUAGAACAUACUGUAUAUCUUUGUCAUUAUAGUUAGAAACAGUAUUAUUUACAUUGUUAUAUAGGUAUAAUUCCAAUGUUAUUUAUUACAAUUGUUUUGAUUGGACAAAAAUAAAGCUGAACAAGAGUUUAUACAUCAAUAAACCUGAAAACGCGAUGUAUUCAAACACACCUGAAAACAAAUAACAUAGUGCAGGGAAACUAUUCAAAUUUUUGCAAUUGUUAUUAAAGUGAAUGAAUUGGAAUUAUAAGAAUCAAACAUUCUUUUUGAAAAAUUUAUCUAUGUGUAAACUCCGGACAUUUUACUCACAAACUUAACAUAAAAGUAUUUCUUGAUGUAUUCAUUUUUUAAUAGGGUUAAAGCAUUACGAGCUUACAACAUUUUUUUCAAUAAUUGCCAUUUCUAACAGUUUGUUGAUUCUAAGACUCAAAUCUUCUGCACGAACCCAAAAAGGAUUUAAUAUAACACACGACCAUAUCAUCUUUUUAAAGGUCACAGUGACCUUGAUGUAGGGUGUGACACACCUGCUACCCAUGAUGCACUAACUGACCAAGUGUGAUGAUUCUAGGCCAAAUAAUUGUUCAGUUGGACUGGGUUUUGCCCUAUCUUUAUUACAGGUCACAGUGUCAUGACCUUUUCAUGUGCUACCUGCCCUUUUUUUUUACCCAUAAUACAUCAGUUGACAGAGUUUGAUGAUCGUAGGUCUCUUAGUAUUUUAUGACAUGAAAAUACUAAUGGAUAGAUGGACAUACACAAACACCAUACCAUACCAUGUGUCCCAAUUAGAUUGCCAUGUGUCCAGUCUUAGACUGUCCCAAUUAGAUUGCCAUGUGUCCAGUCUUAGACUGUCCCAAUUAGAUUGCCAUGUGUCCAGUCUUAGACUGUCCCAAUUAGAUUGCCAUGUGUCCAGUCUUAGACGGGCGAAUAAAAAUAAUCCCCAGUAUGACCCAAGAUAAAUGUUUCCUUAAAUUACCAUGCAUUUUUUCAAAUACAGCCUUAGUUUGCCACCAAAGUUACUUUUAUGUAUCAAGUCACCAAGCAUUUCAUCAUUGAAGGCAAGCUUACUGUGCCCGGUAAAGUUCAUGUGUUCCGGUUAAAUUUUUAUGUAGUACAUAAUUUUCUAGGUGCAGUGUUUCUACUGUUGUCUGUAGUGAUUUGUAUUUUGGAGUUUUAUACAAUCAUGUACCACCUAGUUUUAAAAAGAAAAUGAUUUGCAAUACAUUUAUUAUGAAGUGUAUUUAAUACAAUUGUGUGCCACUUAGUGUAGUAAAAAAUUUAGAAGUUUUAACAUGUGUACAUUUUUAUGAAAUGCAUCAACACUGUGGUCAGGGAAGUCUGGCGGUCAUUUUAUUUUUACACGCACCACAGCCUCUCCACAAAACGUAUAGCAUAUCAAAGUAUUCACAAUACCGGGGCCUCUCCACAAAACUUACAACAUAUCAAAGUAUUCACAAUACCGGGGCCUCUCCACAAAACUUAUAUCAAAGUAUUCACAAUACCGGGGCCUCUCCACAAAACUUAUAUCAUUUCAAAGUAUUCACAAUACCGGGGCCUCUCCACAAAACUUAUAUCAAAGUAUUCACAAUACCAGGGCCUCUCCACAAAACUUAUUAAGAACAUUUACACACAUUUUGUCACUAUAAUAUAAACCUGUAGCGUUUCAUUAGACAUUUCAUUCUUUCCAAAGAUACACGCCAAGCUAAAUCCUGAAAUAUAUAGAGCAUUUUAUUCUUUGAUAAACUUUAUAGAAAGAUUCACGACAAGUUAAAUUGUGAAAUACAUAAUGGAGUAAAUGUUGUGUUUUGAGACAAAAUUCCUACACUAUAGGUUGCCAUUGUAAUGCAGACUUGAGAUUCCUUGGCCACAGUGUUGAUCAUACAUUUACCCAUACUGCUCUUCUAGAACAAAAUUUAUUAGGAAUAAAAGAUUUUCAUAA